GAAAAAAUUAUACAAAAGCGAUCGAUCAAUUGAAAAUUUCACUUCGAAGAUGGAAGCGACGAACAGCACUGAUUCGGAACCUGUUUCGAAGCCUCAAUUGAUCUAUCGUUGCAAAAGAUGCCGCAGAAUCGUUGCUUCAGAGGAAACUAUAGUUCCUCAUGAGCGAGGGAAAGGGGAAGCAAGUUUUAAAUGGAGAAAAAGGAGUGGGCAUAACAUUGGGGAUGAAGAGAAAGGAUCGACCCAAUGUUCUUCCUUAUUCGUUGAGCCUUUGAAGUGGAUGCAACCGGUUCAAGAAGGGUAUGUAGAAGAGAAACUUCAGUGUAUGAGUUGUAAAUCUCGGUUGGGUUCGUUUAAUUGGGCAGGUAUGCAAUGUAAUUGUGGAGCUUGGGUUAAUCCUGCUUUUCAAUUGCAUAAGAGUAGGUUAGAUGAGUGUUAUAUGUGAAAAAGAAUUAAGAGUUUAUCGAUGUUGAUUGAUAAUCUAAUCUUUUGCUAAUUCCGUUAUUGGAUAUGGCAGUUUGUUUUAGCAUAUUUUAGCUUUUGGAGAUGAUUCAGUAACCAAAAAAAGAAUCCUAUCCUAUUGUAAUAGAUGGUUAGCUUUAGUAAAUGCUGCUGCUUUUUUUUCAUAUAUAAUCACUUUUCUUGAA